AACCAAUCCCACGGACCCACAGGGACAAAAUCGUACUUUCACACCGCGAAUCACAGAACAAAGGAUUCCGAGAACGAAAACCAUGAAUAGGAAAAGCAACGGCAAAGUUACUCAUGGUGGUGAUGGCGAGAGAAGAAGAGAGCGAAGCGUGGGGUACCUGGGAGGAGCUUCUGCUAGGGUUCGCCGUGAAGCGCCACGGGCUCGACGACUGGGACUCCGUGGCCGCGGAGGUCCGCAGCAAGAGCUCUCUCCCUCGCCUCUGGGUCUCCGCUCCCCGCUGCAAGGUCAAGUUCCACGACCUCAAACGCCGCUUUGCCAAACAAAACGACGCCGUUCUCAAACGUGACGAGGAUGAGACUGUGCCCUGGCUGGACGAGCUGAGGAAGCUCCGCGUCGCCGAGCUUAAGCGAGAGGUCCGAAACUACGACGUUUCAAUCCUCUCUUUGGAGACGAAGGUGAAGAGGUUGGAGGAAGAGCGAGAGCUGAACGUGAGAGGGAAUGGAAUUAGCCACGGAAAACCAGAUCUGGAGGAACUGCGAGAGAGAUCAGAGAACCAAGAGGGCGACGAACCGGAGAGAACCGGCGGGGAGUCGGACCGGGAGGGCCGUUCCGUCAACGAGUCCAACACCACCGGUUCAAAAGGAAAAUCCGGUGGCGAAGAGGUAAGAUUAGGACUCGAACCGCUCCAAACCGGUUCGAAUGGACCGGCAUCGGAACCGGUGGCCGAGCACUCGGACGAUGGGAGCUCCGAUACCGUGGCGAAGAGCCAGUCCGUGACCGAGUUGCGUAGCGACUCGGCGGCGCGGGAGAGCAGCGAGGUGCAGAGCUCGGCAAGCUUAACGCGGAAGAGGAAGAGAAGGGGACGCCGGAGAAGGGAGGCUUCCGGCGGAAUGGAGCCGGCGGAGACCAUGGAGGUAACCGGGAAGUCGCAGCCGUUCGUUAGGGUUUUGGAGAUGAUUAGAGCGCAUAGAAGCGGUUCGUUGUUCGAGCGCCGGCUCGAAAUCCAGGAAAGUGAGGAGUACCAAAGCUUGGUGAAGCAGCAUGUGGAUUUGGAAACAGUACAAAGCAGGAUCGUCAAGGGCACCUAUUCCUCAUGCACCCUCGGAUUCUACCGAGACCUCCUGCUUCUCUUCAACAACGCUGCCUUAUUCUUUCCCAAGUCAUCCCUUGAGUCCAUCACUGCCCACCAGCUUCGCCACCUCCUGUUGAAUGAGAUCCCUAAACGCAGCAACUCAUUCCCAAAAGAACAUUCUCCAGCACCGAAUGCUGCAGCAUCACCGUUCCAGCCUAAACCCGAGUUAGAAAGGUCUCAUUCAUUGCUUGCAAAACACAAAUCGCCUGCUCCUGUAAUUGUUUGCCGCAAACGGAGUUCCAUUUCAGCUAAACCUAAUUCCUCCGCCACUACCUUCAGUCAAAAAGAAAAGCAAGCAAGUGACGAGAAGACACCGGCUCUUGAUCCGAACCCACAACCCAUUAAGCCCUCUUCAGACAAUAGUACGUUGAAAACUAAAGCCAAAGAGAAGCCUGUAACUGGAGUUAGAAGCUUGAGAAGGAGCAAUAAGAACCCAACAAACAAUAAUACCAGUAGCGCUUCCAACAAGAAACAAACUAGUAUGAGCCCCAGCUCAAAACCCGGGUUAGCUAACAAACUAGAGACUCCCAAAACUGAUCAGAAGAAUAAAACUGAGGCAUUGACGUUGGGGAAAAAAAGAAGCGCAGCUGAUUUCUUGAAAAGGAUUAAAUGGAACUCUCCGAAGGAGACUGUAAAGAGUAGUGGUAGUAAAGAGCAGAAAAGGAGGCAUAACGGGAAGGGGGGUGACAGGAAAGACAAGAGGGUGUUAAGGCAAGGCAGUGACAAAAAAGUUGCGAGGGAGGAGAAUAGUCCAUCAAAGCGGAGUGUUGGAAGGCCACCAAGAAAGCCGGCAGAGGCAAAUGCAGUUUCAGUGAAGCGCGGAAAGGAAAGUGGAGGAAAGGAAGUGGCGGCCUUGAAGCGGCCAAGAAAGCGAGCUAGGAGGUAGAAUGGCUCCAUUGGUUGCUUCUGUACAUUAUUUAACUCUUAUUUAAUUAUAAGGGGUUUACUACUACUAAUUAGAAAGUUGUAGACCCUCUUGUCUUCCCUGUAAGAUGCAUCUUCUUUUGCCUGUUAGUAUGUACAAUCUCUCUUUCACUAGGAAACACUUUUGACUUGAAAUUGUCGCCAUUGCCAUUUGAUAUAAAUGUCAUAUAAUAACCAA